CUGGCCUGGGACGUCGGUGUCCUGCAGGCCUACCGGUGACAGCUCAGGAGAGAAGAGCCAGACGGACCAUAACUGCUCCCUGAAGAGGGCAUCAGAGAUAUACCCAGAAGCAAGGAGACGGGCAAGCAUACUGAACCCCACUGGGAACAUCUGGGGCAACAUCCAGCAAGGAGCAGAGAGGUGGAAACCCAUUUUCUGGAAACGUUGAGAGGCCCAUUGUAGGAAAGAGGGGGAAGGACCGGAAGGAGAAGCAAGACGACCAGGCUCUCUCUUUUCCCUCCACAAACGCCUCCUCCAUCCCCGCAGUGCCGUGAAGCAGCUCUAAUACAGCAUGGGAGGUUCCCAACUUCUCUAUCCCAGGGUUUGACAGAUCAGCAUGGACCAGUCUGUGGCAAUCCAGGAGACCCUGGUUGAGGGGGAAUACUGCGUCAUCGCAGUACAAGGUGUGCUGUGUAAGGGAGACAGCAGGCAGAGUCGCCUGCUCGGGCUGGUGCGAUACCGGCUGGAAAAUGACGUCCAGGAGCAUGCCCUCUUCCUGUAUACACACCGGAGGAUGGCCAUCACAGGAGACGAUGUAGCUCUGGACCAGAUAGUGCCACUCUCCAAAGACUUUAUGCUGGAAGAAGUGUCCCCAGACGGUGAACUCUACAUCCUCGGCUCUGAUGUGACGGUACAACUGACCACAGCUGAACUCAGGCUUGUAUUCCAACUACCCUUUGGUUCACACACCAGAACAUUCCUCCAGGAAGUUGCCAGAGCCUGCCCAGGUUUCGACCCUGAGACGCGGGAUCCCGAGUUCCUGUGGCUGUGCAGACACCGGUGCGCGGAGUCCGAAGCAGAGUCGCCGAAACCCCGCGAGUGGAAUUCGGACCCGGGUACCCGGAGUGGCUUCGCGCCCAUUGGAGGAGGUGGUUAUAACGUUGACAGCUCGAGGCCAAAUGGGAGAGGCCUGCUGCCUUUGGACCAAAGCUCUGGGGCCAGGUGUCCGGAUAAACCAGAAAACUCUCUCACAAGACAGAAUAGAUCGAAGGCUGAAAUUACUGACAUGGUUCGCUCCUCCACGAUCACGGUAUCGGACAAGGCUCACAUUUUAUCCAUGCAGAAGUUCGGGCUGCGAGACACAAUGGUGAGGUCACACCUCCUGCAGAAGGAAGGGGAGUAUACCUACAUCCAGAACUUCAGGUUUUUUGUGGGAACAUACAAUGUGAACGGACAGUCCCCCAAAGAAUGCCUCCGGCCCUGGCUGAGCUCCGACACCAAGGCCCCAGAUGUGUACUGUGUAGGGUUCCAGGAACUCGAUCUGAGUAAGGAGGCCUUCUUCUUUCAUGAUACCCCAAAGGAGGAGGAGUGGUUUAAGGCUGUGUCAGAAAGCCUUCACCCAGAUGCCAAGUACGCAAAGGUGAAGCUCAUCCGGCUGGUUGGGAUUAUGUUGCUGUUGUAUGUCAAACAGGAGCACGCAGCCUAUAUCUCAGAGGUGGAAGCUGAGACUGUGGGGACAGGAAUCAUGGGAAGGAUGGGGAACAAAGGAGGAGUGGCCAUCAGGUUCCAGCUGCACAACACCAGCAUCUGCGUUGUCAAUUCCCACCUGGCAGCCCACACAGAGGAGUACGAGAGGAGGAACCAGGACUAUAGAGACAUUUGUUCUCGAAUGCAGUUCUCUCAGGUGGACCCGAGCCUCCCCCCUCUCACCAUUAGCAAGCACGAUGUGAUCUUGUGGCUGGGGGACCUCAACUACAGAAUAGAAGAGCUGGAUGUGGAAAAGGUGAAAAAGCUCGUGGAAGAGAAGGCCUUCCACACCCUGUAUGCGCACGACCAGCUGAAAAUCCAGGUGGCUGCCAAGACCGUCUUUGAAGGCUUCACCGAGGGUGAGAUUACAUUCCAGCCUACUUACAAGUACGAUACUGGCUCUGACAACUGGGAUACCAGUGAGAAGUGUCGCGCGCCUGCCUGGUGUGACCGAGUCCUGUGGAGGGGAAAGAACAUCAGUCAGCUGAGUUACCAGAGCCACAUGUCCUUGAAGACCAGUGACCACAAGCCCGUCAGCUCAGUGUUUGAGAUUGGGGUGAGGGUUGUCAAUGAAGAACUCUACCGGAAGACCCUGGAGGAAAUCGUACGCUCCCUGGAUAAAAUGGAAAAUGCCAACAUUCCUUCUGUGACACUCUCCAAGCGGGAGUUCUGUUUUGAAAAUGUGAAGUACAUGCAGUUGCAAACCGCAACCUUCACGAUUCAUAAUGGCCAAGUGCCCUGUGAGUUUGAAUUCAUCAACAAGCCUGAUGAGGAGACCUACUGUAAGCAGUGGCUGACGGCCAAACCCAGCAGGGGCUUCCUCCUGCCAGAUUCUCAUGUCGAGAUUGAACUGGAGCUCUUUGUAAAUAAGGCUACCGCCACAAAACUCAACUCAGGCAAGGACACCAUUGAAGACAUUCUGGUUUUACACUUGCAUCGGGGAAAGGAUUACUUUUUGUCCGUGACCGGGAACUACCUGCCCAGCUGUUUCGGGUCUCCCAUCCAUACAUUGUGCUACAUGAGAGAGCCCAUCUUGGAUCUACCACUGAAAAUUGUUAACGAGCUGACCUUGAUGACAGUGCAGACUGCAGAUGACAGAAGCCAGUUGGAGAAACCCAUGGAAAUCCCCAAAGAACUCUGGAUGAUGGUCGAUUACCUAUAUAGAAAUGCUGUCCAGCAGGAAGAUCUGUUUCAGCAGCCAGGCCUGAGGCCAGAGUUUGAGCACAUAAGGGACUGUUUAGAUACUGGAAUGAUCGAUCACCUCUGCGCUAACAACCACUCUGUAGCCGAAGCCUUGCUGCUUUUCCUAGAGAGCCUGCCGGAGCCCGUCAUCUGCUACAGCGCCUACCACAGCUGCUUGGAGUGUUCUGGCAGUCACACAGCGAGCAAACAGGUCAUUUCCACUCUCCCCACCUUCCACAAAAAUGUCUUCAGCUACUUGAUGGCGUUUUUGCAAGAACUGCUGAAAAAUUCAGCAAAAAAUCAUUUGGAUGAGAAUAUUUUAGCUAGCAUAUUUGGCAGCUUAUUGCUCCGAAGCCCAGCUGGUCACCGAAAACUUGACAUGGCAGAGAAGAAGAAGGCCCAAGAGUUUAUUCACCACUUUCUCUGCAAUCCACUCUGAGCCUCAGUACUCCUCCUGUUUUCCUCAAGGCAGCCACAACUGUCAGCCCCACAUGUUUCAGCUCACGACCUGCCUUAGGAUGGCCUGAGGCCAGCUGGAAGAAUGGCAGCUACCUGUUUCUUGAACCUAGACCUGUCCCUUACCCAUGCCGUUGUCUUGCACACCCGUGCUGAUUUAUGAAGACAUGGGGGAAAUCCACCGUAAUAGAACUGACGUUCCAUGUUCAAUUUUAGUUAUUUAACGCAAAUAGAUCUCUAUUCAUUUUUAUUUAAAAAGUUUUAAGUAACUGUACUUUGCCUUAUUCAACCUGCCUCCAGGACAUGCAGUCAGUGAGUUCCCCAUAUUCUGUACUGAGCAUCUCAUGGUCAGACACUUGGACUAACCGAAGUCCUUAAGGGAAAAUGGCUUAGACAGCAGGACUUUGCUUAGAUGUCCCUGGAUAAACAACUUUAGUCAUCCCAGAUGCUUCCACUGUCCAAGCUGAGGACAUGUACAUGCAUAGGGCAACUGUAACCUUUCUACUCAACUCCAAGGCCUCUCAGUCACCCCUAAAAGCACUGAAGAAAGGGGGUUCUGGUGAAACAAGUGGGAUUUUGUAGGCUCUCCAGUCCUCCCAACUGUAUAUAAGCUCACCUUUCAUAAUGUAAUAUAUUUUAAUGAUAAAUGUAUUUUUAACAGUGGU